AUGAGAUUAGAACGAUCAUCAGGAAUCUUAGUUCAUAUAACAUCAUUACCAUCAAAAUAUGGUAUUGGAGAUUUUGGACGAGAAGCUUUUAAAUUUAUUGAUUUUUUAUUUGAAACAAAACAAAAAUUAUGGCAAAUUUUACCAUUAACUAUAACUAAUUCUCCAUCACCAUAUUCAUGUAUAUCAUCAUUUGCUGGUAAUCCAUGGUUAAUCUCUCCUGAAAUUUUAUUAGAAAAUAAUUUUUUAACAGAAAAUGAUUUCAAUUUUAUUGAUAAAUCAAAAAUUUCCGAUGAUUAUGUUAAUUUUAAAUAUAUUAAAGAAAUCAAAGAAAAUUUAUUAAAAAAAGCUUUAAAAAAUUUUGAAAAAUUAAAUGAAAAUUGGAAAAAUAUUUUAAAUGAAUUUUAUGAAAAUGAAAAAUAUUGGAUUGAUGAUUUUAUUUUAUUUAUGAUUCUUAAAAAUAAAUAUAAUGAAGGUACAUGGUCUGAUUGGCCUCAUCAAUAUCGUUCAAGAGAGAAAUUAUCUUUAGAUAAACUUCGUCAAGAUGAAAAUCAUCAUUUUCAAUAUUAUUUAUUUGUUCAAUAUAUAUUUUAUCAACAAUGGAAUCAAUUAAAAACUUAUGCUAAUAAUCAUAAGAUACAAAUUAUUGGUGAUAUACCGAUUUAUCUUGAUUAUCAUUCGACUGAUGUUUGGACUAAUCAACAUUUAUUUCAAUUAGAUCAACAAACAUUCAAACCCACAAUUGUUUCAGGUUUUCCAUCAAGUGAUAAAUAUGAUAUUCAAAUAUGGAAUCAACCGAUUUAUAAAUGGAAUGAUAAAAGUAUAAGGAAUGAUUUAUUUCAAUGGUGGAUAAAUCGUUUAUCUAAAACAUUAAAAAAUGUUAAUAUAUUAAGAAUUGAUCAUUUUAGAGGAUUUAUAUCACAUUAUGUUAUACCUAUUGAUAUGAAUACAUCGAAACCAAUUAUAUCAAAUGCACAUUGGAUUAAUACACCUGGUUAUGAAUUAUUUACAGAAGUUAAAAAAUCUCUUGGAUCUGAUAUACCAUUAAUUGUUGAAGAUAUUGGUGAUGUUACAUUAGAAGUAUUUAAUCUUCGUGAUCAGUUUCAUUUUUAUGGUAUAAGAAUAUUGCAAAUGGGUUUUAAUACUUAUCCUGAUAAUAUCUAUGCUCCACAUAAUUAUAUUUAUAAUUCAUUCGCAUAUACAGGUACGCAUGAUAAUGCAACAACAUUGGAAUGGUGGAAAAAAUUAGCAACAAAAAAAGAAAAAGAACAAUUUAUUGAAUAUAUUCGUUAUUCAUUUAAAAAUGAAAAUCAAUUAGAAUUAGAAAAACAUUUGGAAAAUUUUAUAUCUUGGAUUUUUAUUCAAUUAGUUCUUCAAUCAUCAUCAAAUGGAGCUAUUUUACACAUGCCAGAUAUUUUAAAUACUGACAUAAGAAUGAAUUAUCCAGGAAAUGAAUGUUCAUUGGAAAAAGAUGGUCGACAAAAUUGGUCAUGGCGUUUUCAAUGGUCUCAAUUAACAUCUGAUAGGAAAAAUGAAUUAAAAAGACUAACGAUACAAUAUGGACGUGAUUUAAUUUAUGGAAAAUCAAUUCCACCAAAGGAUAUGAUUAUGAAAAAUGAUGAAUCUUUUUUUAACAAACAAAUUAACGAAUAG